CAAAAGCCAAAGUAUCAUGCCCAGCAGUAAAAGUGUGCGUUUUGAAGAUCUGGACGACGGUGUGGACGACGGUCUGUAUGGGAUGAAGGGUAUCUUGAAAAACUUAUACACACAAGCCGGCAGCUAUAGGAAGUGGGUUCGCAGCCACAGCAAGAAGAUCUUAUCUUGGGGGAUCUCCUUGGCCUGGUACUUCAGCAUGGCCAGCAUGCUGACCGUUAUACCCCUCUCCCUAGAGCUGCAAAGGGAGCAGUCAGUUGUGGAAAUGGAGAAAAUCCAGGUCAAAGAAUUACUCGCCCAGGGUUACCCACCCCAAGAACUACAACGAAUGGGGAUGACCUUGGAACCUGCCGUUCUAAACGAAAGGCAGCGAUAGAGGGCGUGAGUCAAGAGUGGAGCCACCUGUAAAGUAGCCAAGACGGGGUGCCGGUGGAGCGGGGUGGGGUGGAGAACAAGAGAAGGUGGAAGUAACAUGAAGGUAGGGGAUCCAACACCUGAGCAUUAUCUCCAGAGAUAGAGGACGAAGGAUCUAUCGGUAUGGAUGAGUGACCGUGGCUGUACAUACGUAGAGAGCGGGCGCGUGUUUGGCAGGGGAAGGAGGUAAUGCGAUGGAGAAGGAGCCUGCGGGAUACAACAUGAGACCUUGGGAUCUUGUUCCCGGGAUGCGACCAAAGAAAAUGGCAAUACAAAUGGAGA